AUAGGUCAAAGCUUUGUGCUUGGAAUAUUCAGCAGCAAAUAAAAACAUUGUUGAAUUAAAAGAUUAAAUAAAAUAAAAAUAGAUUUUGACUCUAGACAGACUGACCCAGAGGUCAAGAUGCUUAGUGACAGUGAAGCCAAGGAGCUGCUGUCAUUUCUCACACUCCAGAUGAGACCUGAUGUCAAAGGUCAAGCCACGGAAUACAUCCUGGGUCUUACGGGAAACCGGGACGGGUGCCGGUACCUGCAAUCCAAGCCAGACUUCCUAAAAGCCUUGGUGACUCUUACCAGUGACCCCUCUAUCGCUGUGGUCAAGGACUGUUACCAUGCUCUUAUUAACCUAUCAGCAGAUGAGACCCUUCACCAGCCUUUGGUAAAGGAGACUGAUUUACUGCCCACCAUGUUCCGGAACCUACUGGACACAGAGUAUGUGCUCGCAGAUCGGAUCUGUACCAUCCUCAGUAACCUAACCCGACAUGAGAGGACCUGCAGAGAUGUGUUCAGGGUUCUACAGGAACAGAAUAUCGGACUGGCGAAAGUGGUUGAGAUCUUCUGCACUGAAGGUUUCAAUAAAAAAGCAUCACUUCAUUAUCUGGGACCCCUGCUGUCCAAUCUGACACAGCUGCCCGAGACAAGACACUUUAUUCUGGAUAAGGAGAGGUGUGUGAUUCAGAGACUUUUACCAUACACACAGUAUGAAGAAUCAACUACUAGGCGAGGAGGGGUCGUGGGAACUCUCAGAAAUUGUUGUUUUGACUACGCCCAUCAUGAGUGGUUGCUCAGUGAUGCAGUGGAUAUUUUACCGUUUCUUUUAUUACCAUUGGCUGGACCAGAAGAGCUCUCAGAAGAAGAAAAUGAAGGUUUGCCAGUAGAUUUGCAGUAUCUACCAGAAGACAAAAAGAGGGAAGAGGAUCCUGAUAUCCGCAAGAUGCUUUUAGAAACCCUGCUGCUCCUUACAGCUACUAAAGUGGGCAGACAGAUUAUGAAGAACAAGAAUGUUUAUCCAAUCAUGAGAGAAUUCCACAAAUGGGAACAGGAUCCACAGGCGAUUUCUGCCUGUGAGAAACUAGUCCAGGUUUUAAUUGGUGACGAGCCAGAAGCAGGAAUGGAGAAUCUGUUGGAGGUGGAGAUUCCUCAAGACGUGGUAGAAAAACUGAAGGAACUGGACGCCAAAGAGCAGGAACAAAUAGAAAAGGACACACAGGAACUGUUAAAGCAGGAAUCUGUGAAGAGUCAAAAUGAAGCUCCGGAGGGCCUGGAGAGAUAAUCCUGGAUGAUGACAACAAACCCAAUAAACAGAACUUCACAUCAAACUAUAAAUAAGGAAUAGUUCACUCAAAAAUGUAAAUAUUCUCAAUAUGUUGUUCCAAACCUGUAUGAGUUUCUUUCUUUGUGACACACAAAAGGAGAUUUGUUAGCAGAAUGUUAGUAUGGAAACAAGAUGCAAUGAAAAGUAUGGACUAGAAAGUCAUACGAUAGCAAAGUAAGGAACAGACUGAAAUUUAAGUCGUUAUAUCCGCGCUGGAUCUUACCCAUUCACUACAGCUCUCUACAGCUCUCAAUUCAAAUAUGACACUGGUUGGACAUUAAUAACAUCAAACGUUAUUGGUUCUCACGUGUGUCAUAAACGAAUAUCAUGAUGUCAAAGUUAUGCGCCGUAUUUGAUUCGAGGGAGUUGGGUUUAGGUGGUUGGGGAAGAUUAUCAGUGAAUAAAUAAUUUUGGUCUGUUUGUCGUUAA